AUGGCAUUCCAGACUCCAUCCAACCCAAAAUAUCUCAGUUCCAGUCAGCGGCUCUCUAAGCUGGCCAAGGUCAUCCGUGAGGACACAAAUCGUAACACAGAGCAACUUCCUGGGCUUUCUAAGCUGCUAAACGAGUAUGCAAGCAGCGAGAUCAAAACACCGCCUAAAGAGGAGUUGAUUCGUCGAUUGAUCCGGGUAUUCAAAGACUCCACGACGGAACCCUCUUAUUCUCGGGUCUUGGAAAAUUACAGCACCAACGAGCAAAAACUUAUAAAUCGUUUUGUUGUCCAUGGAGAGUCCGCUUGUGAGUUGGGCAAAGAUUUUCACAUCGGAAUUUCCCCUGGCGCAAGAGAAGAGCUUGAGAACCUCGACUCGCAACCAGAUGACUUCAUUGAAGAGGGGCGAUUUGCCACCAAGCACCUCUCACACACGGGGGAACUUAUCCACCACAUCGUUGAUGAGGUCGAGUCUGUAACCAACGCUGUUCACUCUUGGAUUCAUCCUCACCCUACCUUCCCUGUGUAUGAUGAUCCCGGCAACAAGCAUAAGGUCCCGGCGUACUUCGAUAAGCAAUUUCAAAACUGGGGUCGCACGGUGGAAAACGUUCCCAAAAUUACCUGUGUUCCAACCACUUCGUACGGCAUUCAGCAGGUCGUGCGGUACGCAAAGACAAAUUCCAUGAAUGUUCGCGCGUCCGGAUAUCGACACUCCUGGUCACCAAUCUUUGGAAACCAAGGACAGAUUCUGAUCUCCACAUUGGAUCUCCAUCAAGCUACAGUGCUGCCAAACAUCGUUUCUGUGCCAGGUUCAGAAGUGCUUGACUGCCCAACAGAACUCAAUGCGAUCACAUUCCAAGGAACUCCAGAGGCUGGGAGGAACCGCCUAGUUCGCGUGGGAACAGCUGUCACCAACCAACAAUUAAGACGCUGGUGCAACAGUCAGCACGGAAGAUUAGCAUCUACAUUACCAUUAAACGUCAUUAUGGUCGAGAUCACACUGGGUGGUUCUAAUGCCCCGAUCUGCCACGGUGCAGGUCGAAGCCACCCGACCUUGAGUGACCUUGUGCACACGAUUGAAUAUGUCGAUGCCAAUGGCAACAUCCAGAAGUUGAGCAAGGACAAAGAGCCCGACCUCAUGAAAGCUGCUAGUGGUUGCUUCGGACUUCUCGGCAUCGUUACCCAUAUCACUUUGGAAAUGAUACCGAUGACCUACGCAGUUAUGAGGCCACAGAAGCUUCAUAUAACCGAGGCCAUCCCACUUCCGCCAGGCAUGACGACGGAAAAUUUGCCGCCUGUGCUCCGACCAGAUACACCUAUGACAGAAGAACAGCACGCCAAAGCCCAGGCUGCAUUUGAAGACAGGGCGCGUAACAACUUUUAUGCGGAAUGGUUUUGGUUCCCGUACACUUCCAAAGUCUGGGUCAACUGCUGGAACACAACAGACGAUCCUCAAGGCGAAAUUGAGUAUCCCAGCGAUCCCGAGGUGGUCAUACAGUGGUUCCAGACUGUAGCCGCCCAGGCCUUGCAGGUUUCAAGUGCUAUAGCGGAUUUGCAACACACUUUCGCAUGGGCGCAGACAACUUUGAUGUCUACUUUUGCCCUCUACGCCAUGCCUGAGAUCUCGGAUGACCAGCCAGCUAUCAAGACCCAGCUCCCCAAUGCUUUGCACUUCCGUCGGGCAAUUCAGAACGUUCGCGUGCUUGAUACAGAGAUGGAAAUUCCACUACUUCCGAAGUCUGGCGUCCCUUUGUCAGAAGUCAACUUCAAGGACGAGAUUGACUUCACUAAUGUGCAACGCGCGUGGUGGGCCGCUGUCCUUACUGCGUACAAGCCCGAGCACCGAGACACAUGCCCUCAGCGGAUGCCACUCGAGAUGCGCAUUACAGGCCUCUCGCAAGUAAUUAUGGCUCCAUUCCGCGGACAUAAUCUUGGGAGUGCUUCAAUUGAGAUCCUGACGCUCGAAAACAUGCGGGGCAAGCUGUGGCAGGACUAUGCUCAGGAGGUGCUCGACCACUGGAUGGACCUCAAGGACUCGCGAGGCGAAUACCUAACCACACGGCCGCACUGGGCUAAGGAAUGGUGGAAUUUCAAAGUACGGGGCCAGCCAAUGAUAGACUAUGUGCGGCAGUCUUACACAUUUGAAAUCCAGGAGUUCAUCUUCCGCCUUGGGCAGAUCGCGAAGAAGCAUGGGUGGAGUAUGGAGGACGCCAGAAAACGGUUUGGGAACGACGCGUUGGAUGCCCUGUUGCAGCCUGUUACCAUUCUCAACAGCGGAGUGAAAUCGUCGGUGGACAAGCAGGAACGUUCAUUAAUCACCACGACGCCCGUCAUUAUCAUCAAUUGA